AUGGUUGAUGCUGCUCAAUUGAAAAAUCCCGAACAGUUUGUUGAAAGCCUGAAAGAUGCCUCAUUGAAGUACGGAGUUUAUGCCAUACUUCCAGCAGGAUUUCGGGAGCUGGACAACCUUCCAGAUUUGCCAACCAUUUUCAUCCUCGACAGUACACCGACCGGAAUCGGCCCAGCUCCUUUACAAGAGGAAGACUUCUCUUGUGAAACUUUCAUCAAGUCAUUUAAUCAUUGUCUGCAGCUCGACGUCCGAGAAGCAGCGAUCAGUCUAAGUGCCGCCACUGAACAAGAAAAUGGUGCGGUGAAUGCAGCGAGCUCUUUCUAUCGCAAUCUGAAAUGGGAGAAAGUCCAACGAAGCCCUAAUACAUCAGAGCCUGCUAUAUACAGUAUGCGACUCAAAGGGCCGGCUAUUUCCACUACCGAAGCAAUGGUUAAACUAGGAAACCGCGUGGAGAGAACCAGUCUCAGAGGAGGCGGGCCCACAACUAAUGACACUGAAGCUGAACUAGCAGUUUCUGUCGAAAAACUCAAGCCUUCGUUCCUUAUGGAUACGAAAACUGUCGGCCGAAGCCUGAUCAAGGCAAUUAUCAAACCGACAAUCUCACAUAUCUCUGAUGCACGAACCAAAAAAGAAAAUGAUGUCCCAACUAGACCAUCGAACCCGAAUUUCGAGAAGUCCAAAUCAGAUGUGGCCUUAAAAGUGGCAAGAAGUGUGGGCUUUGGAUCGGCUGUUGCGUGUGGUAAAAUAGCCAUUUUACCAUUCAAAAGUGAGUUUGGCUUCUCCAUGAUAUUUUUAGAAGUGGUUCCUAAUUUGAAACAAACAGCUGUAUACUACAUGAGUGAAACAGCCUCAUACGGAAUACGCGCACUACAAAAUGGUCCUAAGCAUGGCUCGAAAGACCAGGGAAGGGAGGCAGUUGAUCAUUACAAUCAAACCACUCCCCAGGAAUCAGCUGAAGGACUCAAUGCGGAUCUUGACCUCUUUUUGCAACAGGACGAUGCUUACUCCCGUGCACUAAGGGCCUCAAAUUCAAAUACUACACUACAGCAAUCUUCAGAGAAGUCUGCAAAGUCUGACGAGAGAGGAGUUUGA